AUGUUCACCGUGGACGACGCGACUGGAAACACGGUUGUAGCUGGAACCCUCGGCGCUGGUGCGUCGACGCUCGCGAGCGCGAGCGUAACCGGGGCGCUGUCAUCCGGCGCGGCAACGUUGGCGAGUGCUUCUGUGUCCGGGGCGCUUUCUGCGGGCGCGACGACCAUCACGGGCGCGACUGGCAUCACGGGGGCGACGACCGUCACGGGCGACGUCAAGGUGAAAGCUUCCGACGGAACGGACAAGGUGACCAUAGCGUCGAGCACGGGCAACACGGUUAUCAGCGGGACGCUGAACGCGGGUGCAUCGACGCUCGCAAGCGCGAGCGUAACCGGGGCGCUGUCAUCUGGCGCAGCAACGUUGGCGAGCGCGACGCUUAACGGUGACUUGUCAACCUCGGGCGACAUCGCAAUGUCGACGACCGCUUCCGAGAUCAAGCACACUGCCGCGACGGGCGCGACGAGCGGGUUGACGAUCUCGAGCAGCAAAGGUUUUGUGGUUGUGAAAAGCACGUCGUUAUACGUGGACGUGGAGGACGUGCGGUUCACGAGCAAAACUAUCGGCAUCGCCGGCGACACGAGUCUAAUAACUCUCGCCUCGGCGGGCGUGGGAGUGACUGGGACGCUGACAUCGAGCGGGCUGGCGACGCUCGCGAGCGCUACAGUGACCGGAGCGCUUUCUGCGGGCGCGACGACCAUCACGGGCGCGACUGGUAUCACGGGGGCGACGACCAUCACGGGCGAUCUCGAUGUGAAGAAGUCAGACGGAACGUCAGUUAUGUCCGUAGACAGCGCUUCCACAAGCAUGGUCGGUUUCGGGACGGAUAGUCCACGAGCCGUCGUAGAUGCGCGUUACGGAACUGGAACUCCAGCUGGUCCUUGGGUGGCUGGUGCUUUCGGUCCAAAAGGAGAUAACGGAAAGCACGUCGUGUUGGGAACUUCUUUUGACGUGCCAACCAUCGGAGGACACGGUCGAGGGACCGGGGCGGCGUGGACCUCGUGGGAAAAUUUAGCCAUCAACCCCUCCGGCGGCAACGUCGGCAUCGGGACGUUUGCGCCUUCCUCUACGCUACACGUAGUCGGCGACGCGACCAUCGCGGGCGCGGUCACGGUGACCGGGGCGAUCACGCAGUCGGGCAAGGCGUACGCGUACGGCACCCGGGACAACACGAUUCAGGUGCUCACGGGCUACCCUGGUGCUUCGUUGUCGUGGCCGACGACGAGCGUGGUAAACGGCGGCUUCACCAAGAGCGGGAACAGCUACACGCCGCCGGUCACGGGGUUGUACCGCGUCUCCGCGACGGCGAGCGCGUACAUUGCCACGACCAGCGGCGAGCGUGCGUUCGAACUCGCGUUGCACGCCGUGAGCACGGGUGCCAGGUUGGUAUAUUCCAUCGGUCAUUUAGACUACCUGGAGAGUAGUACUGGAACGCACUCGAACGUGGCCGUCGGGCCCGCUGUCGUGACGCUGACGGCGGGCGUGGCGUACGAGUGGCGCGUGUAUUCAGAGAACGACGGGGUGGGAAGGGUACACGUAGCCCAACACAUCAUAGAGAGCUUUCCUUGAGCGACGCUCGACGUCGUUUGUAUCACGGCGAUAUUUAUGC